UUUUACAGAUUAUUAAGGAAGCACAACAGCAACAUGGGCUUCGACAUGGAGACUUCCAGAGAUACAGGGGUUACUGUUCAAGGCGCAUCAAAAGAAUACGAAAGUCUCUACACUUUCCACAAGGUGAUAAGAGAAGAGUUAAUCCCAAGAAAAUAAAUAUGGAUGCAAUCAAAGAUGUCAGAUAUGUGCAUCUGCCUCUGUUUUCUGCUGAACGAGCGUGGUCUUAUGCCAUGCAGUUAAAGUCGGAAGCAAACACAGAACCUCGUAAGCGCUUCCAUAUGAUCUCCAAACUGAAGAAAGCAGUUGUUUACGCUGAGGAACUUUAUACAUUAUGUGAACAUGACAAGUGUGAUGCAAGAACUAAACUAGAAAGUCAGGCUUAUAGGCAUUAUAUGAGAGGUAGUUUAGAGUUUGAACUUGAGAAAUGGAAGCCAGCUAUAGAAAGUUAUGGCAGUGUCAAAACAAUCUACGAGAAUCUAGCAAAGGCUUUCUCUGAAGAAAUGCAGACACUUUACCUACAGCGUGUGUCGGAGAUUGAGCCAAACAUUCGAUAUUGUGCAUAUAAUAUAGGAGACGAGACUGCCAUCGAGGAUCUGAUGCAGAUGAGACGUGAAGCAGGUGCUGGCGAUUUCAUGUUAGGAGAACUUGAUACUCUGUUAUCACAGACGAGAGAAAAGCAAGCAGCGACGCUGUCGGAGGUGACAUGGCAAGGUCGUACAGUUCCAGUGAAGAGUGAACCGGUUCGACUUUUCCUGCUCAAUCUACAGGAGAGUGGAGAAGAAGUGGAGAAGGCGGAGGGUAUAGAUAAUAAAAUCUCCAUAUAUGAGAGUAUAUUGAAAGAGUGUAUAGAAGCUCAACAAUAUCUUAGAGACGCACUACAUGAUGAUCAGAAUUUUAAGUUAGCUUUGCGGGGUCAGCCUAUAGAUGGAAAGAUUUCAAAUGCACAUUACCUACACAGCUACCUGACUUAUAUUAAGUUGACAAAGACGAUAGAGCGUAAUCUACUCCUAAUAGAAAACCUCAAGUUAUACCUGCCCGGAGGCCAGGUCGAGGAAGGCAGGAAAGUCACCAAACCACAAGAUCUUGUUAGGCUAUAUGAUAUUAUGAUACAGAAUUUAGGAGAAAUACCAAGUUUAGAUGGUAUAGAAGAAGAUGAGUCAUUGAGUAUAGAAAUGAGUACACGAGCUGUAGGAUUUAAGGCAUUUAGAUGUUUUUAUAUAGGACAGUCUUAUGCUGGUGCUAAGAAAUGGAAGGAGGCUAUAGGAUUAUUUGAUAGGGUAUUACAAUAUGCCCAGGAAGCUAUAGGCAAAUAUAAAAAACUGCCCAAUAAUUCUGUAUAUAAGGUUGAGGUGAAAAAUUUAGAGGAGCUAGCAAAGGAGGCAGAUAGUUUGAAGUACUCGUGUCACGCCUCAAGUAUUCUAGAUACUGAAUCAUUGACAGACCAGGUAGCUGAUAUGUCUGUAAGGAAUAACAAGCCACUGAUGGAAAGAUUAGACCAGUAUGUAGAGGAUCCAUCCCUAGCAACCAAAAAGGCAAAACUAGUGACAUUUCCCCCAGACUUUACCCCAAUACCUUGUAGACCUUUGUUUUUCGAUUUGGCCCUGAAUCAUGUAGAAAUGCCAUCUUUAGAGGAUAAAUUAGAACAGAAAAAGGCACCCAGUGGUCUUACUGGUAUGGUUAAAGGUUGGCUUUGGGGUGGCAAGAAAUGAAACGAUGAAGUUGGAUAAUUAUAGGAUGACAAAAAACACACUAGUCACAUGUGUUGUGAGACAUCAGAUGGCAAUUAGUGAAGUGUUCAAAAUUAUAAAUCUUGUAAAAAAAACACAGAAUUCGACAGGCUUUUUCUGCCUUUAUUGCAAAGGAAAUGAGUAAAGAUGACAAAUGCAAAGUAUGUAAAAUUGUUAGAAAUAAAUUUGUUAAAGUUAUAGGUUGCCUAAACAAUGUGAUUUAUACAGAAGCCCCUUUUUUAUUUCUAUAUGACAUUGUAUUUAUUCUGAUGGAAUUGAAGCACUAUUUAUGCUUAUAGAAAUGGCUGAAAUGGUGAGAUGAUGUAACUUUGCCUAUACAGGUUUAUUCUUGUUUUUGAUAUAUAGAGAUUUUAAAAAGAAUGACCAACUUUUGGUGAUAGAUCAUAGCAUACUGUACAUUUUUUGUGUAUAUAUAUUUCCUUUGAUAAGAUAAUGUUGGUAUAUGGUGAUAUACCGACCGUCUUAACACUACUGUUUUAUAUUGGUUUAAAUGGUCACGGUGUGUCAACACCUCCAGUGUAUAUGUUUGUUUGUUUGAUUGUUUUUGAUAUGCUAAUUAUGUAAGGACAAGGUGAUUGUUUGUAUGACUGAGGUUUUUUGCCUUGUAAUAUUAAAAUUUUCUCUUUCUAAUAUCUUUAUAAUAUUUCCAACUUUUUGAAUGAAUAUUGUACUGUUAUUAAAGAUCAUCAUCACUCAAGAAGAACAUUUUAUACUAGGAUAGUUUGUGCUGGUAACUUUGGUGCGAUAUUUACAUGUAUUUAUUUAUUUAUUUGAUUUUGCUGCUAUAAAACUUGAAUUCAGCAUUAUAAAAAUCUUGCUUUUCUUCCUGACUGAAUGCUAGUGACAGCAAUUACUGGCUGAUGUCACUAGAACAAGCCCUGACACCAUGCAAGAGAGUCUUAUAUUGAUGACUGCUAUAUCUUUGUACUUUUGAUAUUGUAACAAAAUAUCAUUACAAUGGGCAGUUCAAAUGCAAAGCUUAGCAAGUGAUUUAGACCAAUUUAGCUGGAUUAGUGUUAAAAAGUUUAGGAAAAUUAUGUAUGGAUAGCAUUAAAGUACUGUGACAUGGUAUACUAAUGUAUUUCAAAUGUUAGAAAGAUAUAAUAUCACAGAUAUAAUACAUCAACUAAAUAUAUUAUAUUAUUUGUGUUGAUUUAUUAAACAGGCUAAGUGCAAAUGUGUAAUAUUUACGUUAUAUUUUUCAAUUAUUUUUCUGAUGUUGAAGAUAAAGGAUUGUAAUGAAAAUGUAUGCGAGAGUACAUGUGGGUAUUUUCUCAGGAAAACAUCCACACAUUUUGACAAAAAUUUAAUAAUUUGUAUUUAAAAACACGCAACAGAGUAAAUUUGUUUUUUUUAUUACUGUUUAAUUUGACAUUAAUCAAUAUUUACCCAUUCUAAUGGGCUCUUGAUCCUUGAUAUUUACUUUAAAUGUUAUUAAUUAAUAGAUUGAAGCUCAAUUUUGAAGAAAUACUAAACAUAUCAAGUUUGUUACAACUGAUUUUGGUUGCGCAUGAUAAUGGAAAAAUCUUAACAUUAAACUAGUGUUAUAGUAGAUAUAAGAAAUAAACAAAAAGACGACCUUGUUAUGUAAAUUUUUUGGGGGUAUUAUGGCUAACACAGAUUUUGAUAAUAGUUUUGGGCGUAUCUAUCUUCUUGCUUGAUUUUUUUUGUCUUGUUUAUUUUUCUUUUAAAUUUAAUAAAAUUGAGUCUGGACGUGUGUAAAUAAAAUUGUGUUCAUAUAAGAAGUUUAAUUGUGAGAGAGUGUGAGAUGUUUACCACGUGCUAUCACUAUGAGUGCUUGACUAUAUUUGUCAGUCGUUUUUGUAUGUCUGACUUUAUACAAGUAGUAGAAAAUUAUCUUUAUAAAAAUUAAAUCAAAGGAAUAAAGAAAUUCUUAAACCGAAAA